ACAUGUCGUUGCCUAUAGUUACGAAUCAAAAUACUUCUUCCGGUUGAAUGUAAGACAAGUUUUUAACAAGAAAUUCUCUAAAAAGGCGUUACUUUUUCUUUGAUAGUCAGUAUAUUGUAACUUAAAUAUCAAUUUUGAAGUGUUUUAAUUACAAAUUUUAAUGAAUCAAGCCGUAAAAUUGAAAAAAAUUUGAUAGUUUACCACCCGAUGGAUUCAAAUUGUCUUUUGUUAUUUGUUUUAGAAAUAAUUUCACUAGAUUAAGACGGAAUAAAAUUAUGUCGGAUGUUAAAGACGUUGUAACUGAAGACAAAACAGAAAAUGAAGAAGGAGCAAGGCCUACUUCUGCUAAAGCGGAAAGUGUUAAGCAGACAUCUAGACCAUCCAGUGCGAAGCCAUCUUCUAGACCAUCUAGUGCGAAACCAUCUUCUAGACCUCAAAGCGCCGGAAAUACUUCCAGACCACAAUCAGCGGCCAGCAGAGGUUCACGAGGCUCGGCCAAAGCAGAUAAACAGGAAAUAGAACCCGUCUCAGAAGAGCCUGAAAUACAACAUGAUUUAAAAGAUGAUACAGAAAAUAACCCGGACAAACAAGAACCAGAAAGUGGACAACCUGAAGAAGAUUUAAAUCAUAAAGAGUCCAAUAGUAAAAAUAUUACUGAACCUGCAGAAAAUCAAAGUGAAAAUGUUGACUCUCUGAAGAGAGCUCCUCAAGAGCCUCCAGGUAAUGAAACUGAAGGAACUGUAGAAAAUGCAGACAAUACACAGGAAGCACAAAUUGAACAAGAAAACAAUCAAGAAGAAAAGCAAGCAGAAGCUACAGAAGGUGCAGAAGUCGAGGAAAAUAAGUCAAAGGAUGAAGAAAAACCGGAUGAUGAUACAAAACCGGAGGAAGAUAUUAAAUCAGAUGAUGGUAAUAAACCAAAAGAAGAAAUAGAGGUAGAUGAAAAGAAAACCUCAGAAGAAGGUGAGAAUGUAAAAGACGAAGAAAAAGAAGGACACGAAGGGGAAAAAUCUGAAAAAACUGCUCCCGAAGAAACAGAAGAGAAAGUAAAAGAUGAAAAAUCCGCAGGAGCCGCCGAUGAAAGUGGAGAAGCUACAAAAGAAGUAGAAUCAGAAGAAACUCAACAAGCUCAAGCUGGAGAUGAGUCUAAGCCAAAUGAAGAUAAGGAAACUAGCGAGCAUGGUCAUCAGGAAGAGAGUAAAGAAGAGAAUCAAGAAGAGGCUGUAAAAGGUAAUCAGGAAGAGGCAAGAGAAGAGACUCAAGAAGAGGCUGUAAAAGAUAAUCAGGAAGAGGCAAAAGAAGAGAAUCAAGAAGAGACUGUGAAAGAAAAUCAGGAAGAGGUAAAAGAAGAGAAUCAAGAAGAGGCUGUAAAAGAUAAUCAGGAAGAGGCAAAAGAAGAAAAUCAAGAAGAAGCUAAAAAUGAGGGAGCGGAAGGUGAUAAGCCGAAAUCUCCUCCAGCUAAGGCAAGUACAUCCUUAUCAAGACAUCAAGAUCAAGAAGAUGAAUUCGAAGAAAAUCUCCCGAAUAUUGUCAUGUCCACGCCAAUGUUACCGAAAAGUAAUAGAUCUAGUACUCAACCCCCUAAAGCUCUACUAUCAACUAGUAAUGAAGAUAUUCAAAGGGCAGUUGACGACCACUUCCUAUCAAUAUUUAAUAGAGACAGAGCGUCUUGUUACCUAGACUGUAUGUCUGGUUUAAGCCAGACAGAAGUUGGUAUGAUACCAGCUGUAGAUGCUGUAGACGUUGGCCUCAUUCCACCUACUUUAGCCUAUUUACGAUAUGUUUCUAGUUGUUAUAAGGAGGCAGAAAAAAGAGUUACAAAGAUGCUAAAUGAAUAUUUAGAAAUAACUAUUACAAAGCAAAUGAAAAUAACAAAAGAUUUAGGUGCAAAUAUGCCAUGGUUCAACCAAAGGAAGGAGUUAACCUUGAGUGAUAAUAUAAACGACCUAGAGAGAGAAUCUGCCAAUAAUUCAAAUACUUUUAAAAAUUCCCACAAUUCAAUUCAAUCAAAUAGUUUAAAUAUUAAUGAAUUAACAAUUGAUAAUCAACCUAUAUUUAAUACGGAAGAGAAGCAGGAUGAGGAAGAGGAGGAGACUAAGAAGAAGAUACCAACCCCUCCACCACCUCCCCAACUAGAGGCUGAGGAAACGUUUGAAGAAGAGGAAGAGGAGGAUGAUAAAACCUCGGCAAUGUCGGUUCACUGGUGUUUUGGAGUAAAUAAGAAUGUGAAAUUACUAAAUCUAUCAACGAAUAAAAGAAAAUUAAUAGCGUACGCCUGUGGUCAUUCAUGCGUUCUCUAUGAUGUGGUUAAUAAUAAGCAACGAAUUCUUCAGGGUCACGUCAACAAUAUAUCUUGUACAGCAAUAAGCAGAGAUAAAAGGUGGUUAGCCACCGCCGAUAGCGGAAAACAGUGUAUGAUAAUAAUAUGGGAUACUAACACUGGAAUACCAGUUCAAACGAUAUUUGAUGCUCAUCCAGACGGCGGGGUUGCCGCUUUAGCCAUAACACCCGAUUCUAGGUAUAUAGCAUCCUUGAGUCAUUCACACCCGCAAACAUUGGCUAUUUGGGAUUGGACUGUUGAAUCUAAACAAGCUGUUUGUACGGCUACACUAGAGCAAACUUAUGGAUUGCAAACAUUUCUCUAUUUCAAUCCUUUCGAUGUUAAUCACAUAGUAUCCAAUAGCGAAACUCAAGUUAUCUUUUACAAAUGGGAUAGUACGGAAAUCGUCUAUUUCGCUCCACCUUUGACAAAUGAUGACUUUAGAAAACCUGUUGGUAACUAUAGUCAGUCUAUAUUUUUGGAAUCGUCGACCAGAGCAUUGACAGCAACCUCUAUUGGUAAUCUAGUUGUUUGGGAUACAAAUGCUCCAAUUACAAAAAUGACCUACAAACCGACACCAAAUAAAAAGGCACUAAAAUUAAUUAAAUUACAAGAAAAGGGAAUAACCGUUAUGACACUUUGCGAUGGAUUUAUUGUUAUUGGAGAUCAGGCUGGUCAUGUGAAAUUUUUCGAUAAUAACAUGAAGCUAAUGAUGUGGUAUUCGAAUUUCGAAUUGGGUCCCAUAUUAUCUCUCUCAUUUGCAUAUUCACCAGAUUUUAAAGUAUUCGAUCCUGAAGAUGAAAGAUAUAAAGUAUUUUUCGGAAAAGAAAAAGAACCUGCUGAGCCUCUUGGCAACUUUCCUCCGGAUGCAACAAUAGCUGCAAGAAAAUUCAAAACAAGAGAUUUUUCCAUUUCCACCUACUCAGGAUAUAUGGGUAUGGUAGAGGCGGAAGGAUCAAAGUUAAGAGUAAUAUCUAAAGAGGCCGAAACGGAUAUUAGAGCUAUAGCUACUCACCCGAAAAUGCCUUACAUAGCCGCAGCGUGCGAUUCCGGCCUUUUAAAAGUGUGGGACUACGAGACAAAAAAAGUUGUACUUAGUCGUCAAUUUAAGGGAAGUAACCCCGCAAUUAAAUGUAUGGCCUUUCACCCUAAAGGUCAUUUGAUUGCUUUGGGAUUUGCCACUGGUUAUGUAAGACUAAUUGAAUCAAGUAGCUUGGACGAUGCUAGCGCGGAUAAAUUGCGUCUUUGCAAAUGCCAAAUAACAAAGGUGGCAUUUGCUUUGGAUGGAUCUUAUCUUGCUUGUAUAGAUAUUAAUUAUACAACAACUGUUCUAAAAGCAACACAUGUUCAAGAGUCGCCUUAUAAAUUAAUUGGACGAUAUAGAGCUCACCAAAAACCCGUUGCCGAUAUCAUGUUUGCCGAACAUCCUGAUAAAAAUGAGGCGCGAUUAUUUACUUUAGGAAUGGAUAGAAGAUUGGUGGAAUAUGAUCUUGAAAAUAGUAAAAGGGACGAUUUAAAGAUCCUUAGUAUAGAUAAGAUUGAACAGGAUGCAAGGGCUCUUUGUUUAACUGAAUAUGCUCCGGUUACAAAAGAAAGAUUCUUUGUUACCGCAAACGACCAGUUCAAAUUCAAGUUAUAUAAUGUCACCACUAAAAUGUGCCGUAAAACGAUAUUAGCACCCACAUUUGGGUCGCCUGUUGAAAGGAUGAAAUUGUUGCCAGAUUCGAGAUUUAUGACUUUUAUGUCCUCCGAUAAAUUAGGUAUUCAUAUUGUUCCUUUAGACGGUAAUCCUCAUAAAGCAAUGGCUGUUGUUGCCCACCCGCACGGAGUCCACGAUUUUUGCUAUAGUAUGGAUGGGAAAUACAUCUUUUCAUGCGGCGGUGAAGAUAUGAUAGUUCACAUGUGGAGAGUGAAUUACGACGCUUGUGAAGCUCAGCUAUUAUUAGGUGGAGAGCACCUGGAUCCGUUCUACGGUUUAAUUGACGGUGGACGAGAAGGUCAGUUGUUUAAGGAACUUGAAGAUUAUUUCUACUAUGCACAGAUUAGAGGAGAAGGAAUUAAUAAGAUGGAAAGGAGAAAGAUAACAGAUACAAUACCCUUAUCAGAGAUACCAUACGUAAUGAGAGCAAUGGGAUUCUUUCCAACUGAACAGCAGAUAGAGGAUAUGGUUAACGAAUUAAAAUAUAGUAUGUAUGUCGAAACUGGAAAAUAUAAGGAGAGAUGCUCACUCGAAGACUUUAUACUACUAUACGUCAAUCAUAGACCAGCUUUCGGGGUAGAAGCGAACUCCCUAUUAAAUUCAUUUCAAAAAUUAGAGGACGAAAAUGAAUCAAUAGCUCGCCGUCGUCUUAUCGAUUUAUUGCAAAAGAGAGGAGAGCAUAUGACGGAAAUGGAAAUAGUAGAAUGUUUCGUUACUUUAUUAGGAGGGGCAGCAGAAGGUGCCAGAUGCGAGGCGAAUCCUAUCGAUCCCGAUGUCGGUGGAGAUUUUAUGGAAAAUUAUUUGCCCGAAGAAAUAGACGCUCAUUAUUUCGCUAAUGAUCUACUUAAUUUAGAAUUUCAUGAUCCGAAUUUAAUGGUUGAAGAGAUCGAAGAUACAGAAGAAUUAAAGCCAAUUGACAAAAAACAAAAGCAAACAACUCAAGUUUCUUUCCACGAAUAA